AUGUCUUCAAAGAGAAAGACCCAAAUCACUUCCCUGGGAAGGGGUCAAUUCAACGGCCUUGGAGAGCUGAAGGAACUUAAUAUUUCCAGCAAUAUUCUGUCAGAUAUCAACCCAGAGGCAUUCCAAGGACUGUCUAAACUGGAGGAACUCCAUUUGUAUGACAACCACCUUAAGCUAAAGACACUUAGUCUAAACAGUGUUGGAGUCAGGAAACCAAACCCAGACUGGUUCCAAAAUCACCAGAAUCUAGGCGUACUGCUCAUGAUGAAAAAUCAGAUGACUGAGCUUACCACCAAUGCAUUUGCUCCGCUGAGAAAACUGACAAAACUUUCACUGCGCUAUAACUUCAUCCAAGUUAUCAUCAAUGAACCCUUCUGCAACCUCACCUUGCUUACAAUAUUAGAUCUCAGCAUGAACAUAAUCUCCCACAUAGAGAAGGGAUCUUUCGAAUGCCUGGUAAACCUUAGAGAAUUGAAUUUAGGGGGAAAUCAUAUCUCAAAAGUGAACCCAGACACAUUUCUGGGCCUGGGACGUCUACGUACCCUAACAUUGUACAAUAAUCACCUUCACUUCCAGAAAGGGGACUCUCCCUUCACUGGACUACGAUCACUGAAAAAGGUAAAUUUGAGUUACCAGGGUCCAGUAACAGUUGGAAUGGGUUAUUUAGGAUCCACAUUGUUUAAUGGUUUGACAAACCUAGACAGCUUGAACCUGGGGUUUGUUAGUUUAACUACUUUUGACCCAGACGUAUUUGCCCCUGUGGCUAAAUUAAAGAUGCUAUACAUUAGCAAUAUUGAAAUGACGAACACCAACUUGACUGCUCUCUUCCGACAUCUUGCAUCACUUGAGGACCUGUAUUUGAUGCAGUGUGACCUUGAUGUCCUGCCUGCCACCCUCUUGCCUCCACAAAACUCUUUGAAAUACUUGAAGAUUCAGAACAACCACAUCCACACCUUGGAAAAGUCCUUGCAUGACAACCUGCCUAUGCUUGAGUAUCUCGACGUUACAGGUAACCCUCUGUCCUGCAGCUGCGAGAAUACCUGGUUCAAAAAUUGGUCAGUUAACAGUUUAGUGGAAGUGCCAUAUCUCUAUGAUCUCCGCUGCAACAAUGACCCAAAGGCACCUCAUCUUUGGCAGUUUGAUGACAAGGCUUGUGGAUAUGACGUAGUCUGCUUCAACUACUUUGUGUCCACUGCAGUGGUGGACGUUUUAUUCCUUUUGCUGGGCCUCACCUGGCAUAAACACGCGUCUUCAAUUCGCUAUCUAAUCCUGCUUCUUCGAUCUCGCGUCGGUGGGAGGAAGAAGGGUAGGAAGGAGGACUUCACCUACGAUGCGUUCAUCUCCUACAGCUCUCGUGAUGACCCCUGGGUGAUGGGGGAGCUGGUCCCCCGCAUGGAAGGGCCCAAUGGGCAGGGCUUCAGGCUGUGCCUGCACCACCGUGACUUCCGGCUGGGGGCGGCCAUCUUAGAGAACAUUGAGGCGGCCAUCUACAGCUCACGCCGCACCCUGUGUGUGGUCAGCAGGGACUUCCUACGCAGUGAGUGGUGCGCCCUGGAGUUCCAGCUGGCCAGCCUGAGGCUCCUGUGUGACCGCAGCGACGUCCUGCUCCUGGUCUUCCUCGAGAAGAUCCCCGACCACUGCCUGUCCCCUUACACCCGGCUCCGGAGGAUGGUGCGCAAGAACACCUACCUGCUGUGGCCAGAGAACGCCUCAGACCAGGAAGCCUUCUGGGUCCGACUCCAGGACGCCCUGAGAGAGGGAAUGGUAGAGGAGGAAGUAAAUGACGAGUUUGCCAGGCUCCUUGGCUAG